AUGAUCAUCGAACGCGACAUCCACGUGCCUCAUCGAGGGGGUUUGUGGCUGAGUGCCAAUGUCUACCGCCCUGACGACUCUGACCACAAGCCUGUUCCUGUCAUCAGCUCUCUGGGACCGUACAACAAGGACAUGCAUAUGUCGGAAGCAGACCCCUUUGAAGCCCGCCUUCUGACUGUUCAAGGCCGUGAAACCCUUGUAUACGAACGAUUUGAAGGUGAACAAUGGGUUGAAUUUGGCUAUGCGGUGGUGCAUCUGGACAUCCCUGGCAUUGGCAAGUCUCCGGGCAUCCUGGACGUGUUUUCGAUGCGGGAUUACGAGUAUUACUACGAUGCCAUUGAAUGGCUGGCACAACAGCCCUGGUGCAGCGGGAAAGUUGGUAACUGUGGGCUUUCGUAUCAUUCCAUUACUUCAAUGGGUGUAGCAACUCUUAACCCGCCGUCGCUGAAGGCCAUCAUACCCUGGGAGGUCGGUAUUGACAUCUAUCGCGACAUCAGUUACCCUGGAGGAAUACGCAACAAUCUCUUCACAGACUGGUGGUUCGAGCAUUCGGUCAAAUCGCAGCAGACUGGACGUUCGACUCUAUUCGAGGAUGAAUUGGCAAAGAAUCGUGUUGACUUUCUGAAACUGGCCAAGGAGCAUCCCUACAACGACGAUUGGUGGAAACAACGUUGCCCGCCGUUUGAGAAUAUCAAAGUCCCCUUCUAUACGGUCGCCAACUUCUACGGACAUCCCUUAAGUACCGGAUCUCAUUUUCGAUUGCUAUGA